ACCUCCAGCUGCGUGCCAGUUGUGAACCGUCUGCGUUCGUGUGUGUGUCUAUAGGUUUUUCGUUCGUUUUUUUUCCCCUCUCUGUUUCGUUGUUGUCGACUUGUGACUGACUGUCGGUGAGUCUUUCUUAGUCCUUCGGCGGAGAAACAUCAACCGACCGCAGGCUCCCCUCUAGCAAUAAAAACAAGCACGGGAGGGGACCUUUUUUUCCAGCCCCAGUUUUACGUUUCCGUUUUUCAACGACAUCAUUUCUUUAUUAAUUUUCAUUGGACCAUCAUUGUUGUUGCUACAAAAGGUUCUUUAGUUACACAUGGUUUGGUGGGGGAAUGUUGUGUGAACGAGAUGGCUCUACUUGUACAACGGCCCUAAUCAGCGGUAGUCAAACACGCGUAGAAAAAAAUGGCGUUAAGGAUAGAUGAGUGGCACCUGCCUCGAAGUCAUCACCAUCGCUAUUUACGCCUGUCAUAAGUGUAGUGGAUGAAAUACGUUUUCAUUAUUGACUGGAACAGAGCGCGCGAGUUUUUUUUUAAUCAAAAAGUAAACACUUUUAUCGGGAACGAAUAAAACCCGAAAUCCGCUUUCUGGCCGCCGAGCAACGUGCAAUCAACUUUCCCGCGCAAAAAUGUCAACGUAUCUUGGCCACCCAGUUGGCUUUUGUUUUGGUCAUACCCUGUCACGACAAGCUUUGCAGCUCAAAGUAAAUCCAUCAACGACACCUUUUUGUUCUACCUGUUUUAAUUGACUUGCCUCAUUGAUUCCAAAUUUCGCCAUUCGCCCAAUUUGGAUUUCGACUGUCAAAAACGUGAAACUGAAACAGUACGUGGCACACAAGGAAAAAGAAAACUCUUUCAAAGAAGCCAUCGCACAUUUUUGUAAAACUAUAUUUUGUGAGGUAUUUGAAAAAAUUCGAAUCAAAGUUCUAGUCCCUUCGGGACCAACAACAUCAAUCAUUUCUGUGAACGAGUGCACGUCCCCAAAACGGAAGGCGGAUCAAAUGUGAGGUGUGAGAAUCCCUCGAAAAAAAACAACAAAACAACUACAGAAAAAAAUUUAAAAAAUUUUCUCGCUGCCCAAAAUUUUAGUGUUUUAAACGAAAUACUUUAGUCUAUUUCUUAGAAAGAAAAAAAAAAAAUUUUACUCCAACUCCAAACCUAUUUGAUAUUCUUCAACAGCGCCGGCACCGAAAGCUUUUUUCAACAACAGGAAGCACCAGAUAAAAAUAAAUUGCUCUGUUUUUUCCCCCCUUCCAACUCAUCUUCAUUUCUCGAAGCUAUAUAGUAAUUUUUCUUCUUUCAACUUGUGUGUGUUACGCGCACAAAAGAACUAGAGGCACUACUUUUUUGUAGGAAAAAAAAAAAAAUUAGUUCGACCUUACGCUCGUUCCCCCCAAAGCAUCCUCGAAAUUUUUUUGGUGUAUGUGUGGUGGUGAACACAGGAGACAAAAAAGGAAACUAAAAAUAUAUGGGCGCCGGUUCAUGUGUGUGUAACGUGUGUGUUAAACGCGAAGGCUGCUGGUGUAUGAAUACCAGCACCGUGACAGACGACUGACAUUAAACUGUGCAUUUCUCAAGGUGGAGAGUGAGAGCGUGCAACAGAGAGAAGGGGGCGAAAACACAAAGUGAGCACACGAGAGAGAGAGAGAGAGAGAGAGAGUAGGAAUAGUAUAACAUUCCUCGGUGAUUCGCAACGUGAACAAUGGAGCCGCCGGCGAAUGGCAUGACCGGGAUUCGUGGCACGCAACGGCCGCGUAGCUUGUGCGACAGUAAAUUAUUGUCGGUGACUGCUCACGGUUUACACCAUCACUUGGUGCAACAACAGCAACAGCCUAUCCCGCAUCCGUUCGACCCAAGCCAGCAGUUUGUGGCCAAAAGACCACCACCGCCGCUCCCGAUCGGCCCGCCUCGUGAGCCUUCGAAAUACAGAGGAUCGUGGCCUAGCAUGAUCUACUACGGCACCGAUCAGCAACAAGACGCCGACGCCUUUGUCAAACUUGAACAAGAGAAAAGAGCGCCCAGCAUGGCCGGCCUGAUGAACACCACCGUCCCUCAAAGGCUGGCCGUGAAACCGAGUCUACGGACCGGCCCACGGCACACGCCCACCCGCAAUUCGUUGCGACAUAGUCGGAUGAUUUGCCUCAGCCAACAACAAGGAAAAGUGCCUCGCAAGUACUUACCUCCAGUGAUUCAUCACUAUCGGACGGGUUCCACCUUGGUAGUGAUUCAAGUUUUACUGGGUUCCGUUUUACUCGCCUUAGCCUUUCACCUUCUCCUGUGGUCACCUCAACUCAACAUCAGAGACAUCCCUCACUGGAGCGGCAUUUCGCUGAUUUUAUCCGGCGUCUUUGGGCUAUUCCUUUUAUGUUGCUGCCGGAAGCAAUACCCAGGGAUGAGAGGCGGCUGCUGCGUUUUCGUCGUCCGAGUUCAGUACAUCAUAUGCAACGCAUGCUUAGCCAUGUUUGCUACAGCAGCUUGUGUUUGCGCCUGUGUCUUUGCCAGCGUCCACGUUUCGCAGCUCAUGGCGAUGGAAUGUCAGUCGCCGACGAUGAACGCCACACUCACGGGAAAUACCGGAUUGAAUUCGACAUGCUUGUGCAUCGGUGGCGAACGACAGGAUGAAGUUUUCACCUACGAUCCGCUCUCUUGCUCCGACGUAUUGGAGCUUCUACCCAUUUACCUCUCAACCUCGGCUGUCACCAACGGUUUAGCUGCGUUGGUUUCAAGCUGGUACAUUGUUCUGUUGUGGAGCAACCGAUUCGCAUACACAUACGCUGGUCUCAAGCUCUCCGAAUUCAAUGCUAACGCGGCCAUGCCAAGUUUAUAUCAAUAAGAAAAUGAUUAGUAAAUUUUGUCGAUCGCCCAAAACUUGUCAAUGUGUUAUGUACUUUGAACUCAAUAUAACUGUUUUUAAUGCUAAA